AGAGUUGUGCUUUUGGGAGGUUCAACCAGUAGUUUGUCUUCCAUGUGCAGUCAUUGUCUGAAAUGUUCUGUGCAUGAACUUCUUUCAGUUUCUAAGUCCAUAAGAAACCUUCCAGUUCCUCCAGAUGUUAUUCUGCUUGCUUCCUUGCUACAUAUGGGAAGCCAGACCAUUUUCCAUAACCCUGUAGACUGUAAAACUGGUCUACAAACACCCAGAGCUGCUAAUGAGCUUUGUUUUGAGCUUAUGUGUUCAUAUGUCAACACCUUUGCUUAUGUCAGAAGGUUAAAAAUGGAAACAUUUUUUUCCUUUAAGAAAUCAGAGCCCCAAAUAAGGAGAUGACUGAGCGCUGAAGAUUCCCCUAGAGAAUCGCUUCCAGCUUAGAAAACUGCACAGGAAAGUUGGGAGGGGAGGGGACAAAGAUUUGGGCUGCAUCCAAAAUAUUGAGUAAGGAUCUUUGAGACUUUAAAGCUAACUACAACCAUUCACGGAUUCACUGCCCUGUAUGCCUAGAGCAGUGCUCUACUACUUUCCCACUUCUUUUUACUACAAGUUUGUUCUUGCAAAGCUUUCCUUCCCUGGUGUGUGAGAGACACAACUCCAUCCUCCAGCAAACAUGGAAGCCAUCAAGAAAAAGAUGCAGAUGCUGAAGCUAGAUAAGGAGAACGCAAUUGAUAGAGCUGAACAGGCUGAAGCAGACAAGAAAGCAGCUGAGGACAAGUGCAAACAGGUAGAGGAUGAGCUGAUGGCACUGCAAAAGAAGUUGAAAGGAACUGAAGAUGAACUGGAUAAAUACUCAGAAAAUCUUAAGGAUGCUCAGGAAAAACUGGAACAGACUGAGAAGAAGGCAACAGAUGCUGAAGGUGAAGUGGCAGCUUUGAAUCGGCGUAUCCAGCUGGUGGAAGAGGAGCUGGAUCGUGCCCAAGAACGCCUGGCCACAGCCCUGCAGAAACUGGAAGAGGCAGAGAAGGCAGCAGAUGAAAGUGAGAGAGGUAUGAAGGUUAUUGAAAACCGAGCAAUGAAGGAUGAAGAAAAAAUGGAAAUUCAGGAGAUGCAGCUGAAGGAGGCUAAGCACAUUGCUGAGGAGGCUGACCGCAAAUAUGAAGAGGUUGCUCGUAAACUGGUCAUUUUGGAGGGUGAACUAGAACGAGCUGAGGAACGCGCUGAGGUGUCAGAACUAAAAUGCAGUGACCUUGAAGAGGAGCUAAAAAAUGUCACUAACAACCUGAAGUCCCUGGAGGCUCAGUCUGAGAAGUACUCUGAAAAAGAGGAUAAAUAUGAAGAAGAAAUCAAGGUUCUCACUGACAAACUGAAGGAGGCUGAAACACGUGCUGAGUUUGCAGAAAGAACAGUUGCUAAACUGGAAAAGAGUAUUGAUGAUCUGGAAGAUGAGCUGUAUGCUCAGAAGCUGAAAUACAAAGCUAUCAGCGAGGAGCUUGACCAUGCUCUCAAUGAUAUGACCUCUUUGUGAACAUGUUUCCUCUUUCGGCUUUGCCUUGGUGCACUAAGAUUCUGCCUUAAUACCAUCUCUUCUGUGUAAUUCCUAGUAUUAAGCCCUUCAGUCUUCUUCUGUAAAAACUGAAUUAAAUAAAACCAAGCUACCUUGA